GCGCUUGACACAUUCUGUUUAGGACUCAGUAUUCCAUCAUCCUUUGCAUGUAGGCGGUGCUUUGUUCCCAGGGUUCUUUGCAGUAACCUUUGACCUAUCGCUCAGAGAGACGUGGCGGAACUGUUCAACUGGAAAGGGAUCCUGCGGCGACAUGGAGCUUGAAGCAAUGAGCAGAUAUACAAGUCCGGUGAAUCCGGCAGUAUUCCCCCAUCUCACGGUUGUCCUGCUAGCAAUCGGCAUGUUCUUCACAGCAUGGUUUUUUGUCUAUGAAGUGACCUCUACAAAAUACACACGAGACGUGUACAAAGAACUACUUAUCUCCUUAGUGGCGUCACUUUUUAUGGGAUUCGGAGUCCUGUUUUUGCUCUUGUGGGUUGGGAUAUACGUCUGACAAAAGCAGAUUUCAGAAUUUGUUUUCUUGUUUACCUCUCUGUGUGGGACCUGCUCUGGCCUGGAUUUUGGUGUCACUGCACUAUUUUUGUUUGCGAUGGAGAUUUCCACCCUUUUUAUGGUGAAUUACCAGCCGGUUACAAUAAAACUUUCUUACUUUAAGUUACCAUA